CAACGCAUGCACAAAGCUUUCAUAACCAGGUGCCAGGGCAUGUUAGUACCAACAAGACUCUAGCUAGCUAGUCCACUAUCCCGCACAAGGUGCCUCUAUCCUAUAGAUAGAGCUCGGUUAUAUAGUGCUGUUUGGUUCGGUAGCUCUUGGAAUACAGCACUAGCUAGAAGCUCAGAUACCAGAAACCUGUCUGUCAUCAGCAUCAGCAUCAUUAUCUUGGGUAUACCAUAAGGGUAUUUCUUCAUUAACAAGCACGUGUUAAGUACUAGCACUAGUAUGGUGGAAAAGAAGACAAGCAUGGUGGAGAAGGGUCGCUCUCGUUCUGAGACUCCCAAGGGUACUAAAGAAGCUCUUCCCAAGAAUCGUCCUCGCAGCCGCAGUAGGGAACCUCCGCCAGUGAAGGACUUGCCCCCCAGCAAGUCAGUUCCAUUGCCUCCCAAACCCAAGGCCAUUCCUCCCUACAUGGGAAUGCCAUUGGAAGAAGUCAUUAACAACUUGCCCUUGACCAAAGUACACGAGUACGACGAUGAUGACGAUUUUGAAAAACAGGUCAAACGCUGUGUGCCCUCCGAAUUUGUCCUUAUUGCCAGUCAAGACGAAAUCAGCAAGGCACAAGAAGACUACGCUGCCAUGGAACAUUUCAAAAUUAAACCUCCCGAAGGAAAAAAACGAUGGCUCAAUCAGGAACAGGCUGGAUCUGUGGCUACUUGUGCUCUACUGCAGCUCAUGUACGAACAUCCAAACGCUUGGGUAGCAAAAGAGGUUAAAAAGGAAAACAAAGAAGAUAAGGACAAGGAAAAAACUCAAGAGGAAAGCAAGGAGGAAUCACAGGAAAAGGAGGAGGGAGAUGCAAAUCAAGAGGGCAAGGAGUUCUUCACCACAGAACAAAUCCUUCAUGAAAUGCAGGACCGCAUCAAAACCUGCUCUCAUCAAGAUGCCAAUCCUACCAUUUCUUCGUCGCGACCCCUGGGACCACCACGUCUGGACGAAGGAGUCUAUGCACCCUACUAUGUGGUCCCACCCAAGUACGUCAAGGGGACGAGAAGAGCACUGCUCAUUGGAGUUGUCACGGGAGAAGGAAAAGAUCUCAGAGGACCCAUCAAUGACCUAAAAAACAUUCAACGCUUUCUCAUCAACCAUUGUGGAUUCUUGCCAGAAAACAUUACCAUGUUGCAAGACACUAAAAAGGUACCACCCGAACAACGACCCACCAAAAAGAAUAUUCUCAAUGGAUGGAAAACUAUCAUUGAACAGUCACAGCCAUACGAUGUCAACUUUAUUCAAUUCUCGGGACAUGGCAAUCGAGAUUACAACAAUCUCUACAUUAUGCCAUCCGAUUACAAAAAGAAUGGAUACAUUGUCGAUGACAUCAUACUCAACAAUCUCAUCAAGGCCAUGCCACGGCAUGUCUAUACCACAUUCCUUGUCGAUUGCUGUUACUCGGGGACUGUCGGAGAAUUGCCCUACAUCCUCAAGGCAUCCUCGGGGGGAGAGCAAGAAUUGCAGUCCAACUUUGAUACCACCAAAUUGAAAUCCAACAACAAAAAGGACAAGGACAGUAAAUCCAACAGCAAAGGUGGCAAACGGCAACGUCGAGCCAGCCAAACGAUUGAAAAAUUCUACGACAUGGAUACCAAGGAAGAAGCAGAAGAAAAGGAAGCGCAGGCAGAAAAGGACGAAGCAAAUGGCAAAAAGAAUGAAGGCAAAUUGAUCAAAAAGGCGCGCAAGCUCAAGCGCAACCUCAUGCAUUUUGAUCCCAUGAAACUGGUCAAAUUGGUCGCAGAGUCCAGCAAAAAGGCUGCCGAAAAACUAGACAAGGGCAUUGAAAAGGUCGUAGAUUCCGCCAAGGGCAGCAAGUCGGACAAAAAGGCCGCCAAAGAAGCCGACAAGAAGACCAAAGAAGAAAAGGAAGCUGCCGAGCUACAAUCGUCCAAUACCCCCAUGAAAAAGGUCAAACUCAAGGAUGGAACCUACACCAUGACACCCAUUCGCAACAAUAAAAAUAAACGAGACAAGUCGCCAAUCAGGGAACGGUCCGGGGGUACUACUGCUCCUGACGAAGGAACCACACCUGACAGGGAUCGGUCCAAAUCACCGCUCAAACAUCGAACCAGCAAGACACCGUCAUCACCCGUGCGAUCGAAGUAGGGCGGCGGUGGCAAAGCAAACAAAAAAGACUCCAACAACCAAUUUGAAAGACGAACAAGCAAACUCGUCAGUGCAACGCGACCAAACGACGAGGAUGGUGGCGUUGAUAGUCCAAUGGCUUGGAGUUUGCCUGGUGUCACGGUACGACGGUUGUCUCCAGCCAUGGUUCCAAAAACGAUCGAUCGAACAAAAUAAUGGAAGGUCUUAAAUUUAAUGAGUUGCAAGCAGUACGCAGCAAUUCUUGGAAGUGGCCAAGAAGAGCAACGAAGAACAACAAAGCUUCCGGUUAGAACGACAAUACAUCAUUACAUUUCAUUCAGUCUACAUACAUGUACAUGUAGUUAGUCUUACUUCCUUUAGCGCAGGACCUUCGAGUAGCGCGCGAAUGUAGCG